AUGGAAGCUGUAAGCAACUGAACUGGGCCGAUUCGCAACACAGAUGGAACGCAGAGGAAUGUGAUGACAAGAAGUACACCUUGAAUUCAAAGAACUUUGAGCUCUUUUCAAUGGCAAGUUUGCGAUUUUGUUAUUUUUCCUUCAUGCCCAAUAUAAUUUCGAUUAUUUUCAGAGCUAUCUGACGAUCAAGUUCGCGACCGGCCAGUGUGCAGAGCCAACGGAACUGUCGGCCCAAGCUUUGGCCAACACGUACAUCAAGUCCCUUUUCCUCUCCCCGGAAGAAGAAGAAGCGUUGAACACGACCCCAGAACCAGAACCGGAGCCACAGACUGAGGCGACUCCAUCGAACGCUGGGUGGUAUGUUUUUGGGGCAGGUCUCUUCCUCGUUCUCUCGCUUUCAAUUGCUGCUGCCGUCGUUUUGAUCAGGAAGAGGGCGAAGAAGUAAGUCCUAGUGGUCGAAAAGAAACUUUUUUCUAGGUCUGUUUUGGAUCGUAAUCCCCUCACUCAUGUCCGCUACGAUUUUGGCCUGCCGACACAAGUGCCGGCGCUGCAACAAAAGAAUGACCGUUUCAAAGAGGUAAAAUUGGACAAUGGUUACGUCGUCCCCAUUCCGGUGAGUUUUGCUUGCAUUUUGUUGAAUUAGGGUAAAAAGUGGUCGGAUUAGAUAGAGCACGGCUAGGCAGGGUUCGGAAAAUUCGGGUAUGGCAAUGACCUGGCUGAGAUAAGCUAUCUGUCCGGUGAACGGACUGGCAAUUCGCCAAAAAAAAAGACGCGAGAAAACGUUUCGUCGGGGAAGGAAUGGGGAAUUUUUGGGACCAGAGAGUACUUUUUUGCGCGUCUUUUCUCUGACUUCUCUGUGAAAUCAAGACGAAGUGUAAAAAACCGAUAGCGAAGAGUCUAUUCCGCUCACCGGACUCCUCAGUUUGACGUGCUACGCACUGAAUAGUGACACUUCCGGAACCGGGGAAAAAUCAAAGAUAAGGCUUAGGCCUAUCAUCUGAACAAUCUGACCGGUAUUAACUUCGGAGUUUUUUUUAUUGUUUUUCUGAUUGCUACUUUUUUAUGUAGUAGUGCUAAAAAGUAAUUUUUUAAAAUUUUUCUAAAAAUACUCGAUUUAGGAGUUUUCGAGGUUGCGUAUUUCGAAAGUCAUGUUGAUUUUUUCUGUACUUUACUAGCUCGCGAUCUUGGUCGUGACCGAGAUCAAGGAGGUUGCCUGAAAUUACCCGAAAUGGUCUCAAUGCUUGGUCAAACCGCUUUUCAGGUCGUCAAAAGCUUUUUUUGAACUACUAGUAACAUUAUUUUCAGAGGAUCUUGGAUAUUAAUCGUGACUCAGGCCAAGGUCGUGACCUUGUUAACGACCUGACCUAAAGGAACUGUCUUGACCGCCAUAGUCUAAAAUACUCUAAAAAUAAUUUUACUAGUUUUUCAAAGAAAAGCUUGGUGACCACCUGGCCUAAAUAAAGUGCCUUGACCAUCAUAGUCAAGCAUUGAGACCAUUUUCGGAUAAUUUCAGGCAACCUCCUUGAUCUCGGUCACGACCUGGGUCGCGAGCUAAUAAAGUGCAGAAAAAAUGAACAUGUUUUUUUCUAAUCAGCAACCUCUAAAACCCCUAAAUCCAAUAUUUUUAGUUAAAUGUCAAAAAAAUUAAUUUUUAACACUAUUACAUAAAAAAAGUAGCAAUCAGAAAAACAAUAAAAAAAAUUCCGAAGUUAAUAACGGUCAAUCCAUUCAGAUGGUUCAGUUGAUAGGUGUAAGCCUUAUCUUUGAUUUUUCCCCGGUUCCGGAAGUGUCCAAAUUCCGGAAAUGUCUUGACGCGGCGCUGGCGACAAAAGUUCAAGAUGCACUGUGCGAAAGCGAAAAGUUUCCAGUAAUAGUGUGGCCCCUUAUUGUUCAUAAUCGAAGCUUUUCCAAAUCGUUGGCCGAUUUUUGGUGCAAUAAUCCAUGAACUUUGUUUCAGGAAACGUUCUGUAAGGAGUAUGGGGAUGUGGAGUUGGUUUCUAAAAGCCAAUUCGGCUUGAUUUACAAAUACCAGUGGAAAGGGCCCAUCCAUGUAAAGUUUGAAGUGAAGCUGUCCGGCUACAACCAACCAAUACUCAACGAGGUGGCCAUUUGCGAGCUGUGUACCAACUCCGACAACAAGCUGUAAGUGCCGGGAAAUGGGGUGAGAUUUUUGGUUUCAGUGCGCGCUUCCUCGACUACAAGGGAGCUUAUGGAUUCUAUGAGGAAGGAGCUUAUGCCCUCCACUUGUCAGCAGGCGUGCAUACACUCAGAGAUCUCCGCAACGGAGCGGUAAUGAAGGAUGUGGAGAUGGCCAAGGUUGCAUAUUCUGCGUUGGACUGUGUUGACGCGCUUGAAGCCUUUGGGAUUUGUCAUCGUGACAUCACUGAGGACGCAUUCCGUCCACAGAAGAGUAUUGUAAGUCUGAGUUUUCGAAUAUAAUUAUGAUCCUUGCAGUUUGUCCUCACCGAGUUGGGCUGGGCUGUCCGCCUCGGCUCAAAGCGCGAUCCCUACUACCCGCAUCCCGAAUUGGCCUCCACUUUUAUAAAAGAGAAGGAAACGUUGCCGGCUGAUGAUGCGGAGAAUGUGAUCUUCAUGCUCUUGAAUAUGAUGACGGAUAGACUUCCGUGGGCCGAUACGAAGGGCAUUAAGUCCAUUACCAAGAAGAAGAAAAAAUUUUUUGAGGAAUGCAUGGAUGGAACUUCGCUUAAGAACAACAAAACGGCUGGAAUCCUCUGCAAACUGAGGGCAAUGAUCGUAAAAACCCCGAGAAAUGUUGAAUUAGCUGUGGAGUUGAAGGCCGAGCUUAUUAAUGUAAGUGGAAAUUGUACAUGUAACAAAGAUUUUUUUAGCUUUCCAAACCCGAUGAUCCCACUCUUCCGGUUGAGUGGCCUGGCUCCAACGACAAACCAACAACUAAAAGUUUCCUGUGA